GUGUACAAGUGGAGCUCUCAUACGCAUCCAGUCCCAAACCUCACAUCUCACACUUGUCCAGCCAUCUCGGCUUUUACUUUGUUCUAGCCAGCAAGAUCAGUACAGAGUCAGAACCAAGUAGGUAGCGAGAUCAGCGACAACCGAAGAGUAUUGCUCUUAUUACUCGAAGAACGUUGCGGAGCUAACACUAAUCACGAGAGAUCAUCUUCUGCUGCGAAGUCUGCUUCCCGAGUCGUAUCAUAUCGUGGAGGUGCUGUUGGCGUUGGUCUCAUCAUGGCAAGAGCCUCCCAAGUAUUGCUGCUGACAAGCACUCUCAUGCUGACAUGCUGGACUGGUUUGAGCAUGGCAUUCAGCACAGGCGCUCCGGCUAGCACUUGCUCAAGCAUGGCCCCCUCGCACGGCAGUAGUAAAUCCCAGGCGGGUAGCCAAGGGUGCAUGCUCGCUUUCUCUGGCAGCGUGCAGGAAGGACGGUCUCAGACAUUAUCACUAACCUGCGGUGGCAAUCCGUUCAAGGGAUUUAUAGUCCAGUGUCGUACUGGAGACGAGAAUGGUGCUGCAGUGGGAGAGUUCACAGCGGCUGGCACACACACUGCCCACAGAAGUUGCAAUGCUGGGCAGAACAACGCUGUUACACAUACCAGCGGCGCUGCAAAGACCCAGGUGGAACUUGGCUGGACCCCUGACCAGACGGCAUGCCAAGCCGAUAUCCAGUGCCGCGCUACAGUUGUGUUCCAGUACGCCACCUUCACAACGCAUGUCCGUGCUGCAUCCACCCGAUGCGCCGCUGCACCUGUAGCAAGCACCAAGCCAGCACCAGCUGAGCAACCAACACCGGCGGAAGUAUUCAGUGCAAUGCCAGACUCUGCGUCAGGCGAAAUUACUGAAGAUGCGGGAAACUCCAAUCCAACGCUGGGCACUGGCUCACAAGAGGGAGAAGUACUUUCACCAAUGAGUGUACCUUCAUCAAUGGAUGAUGAAAGUGAUGAGCAGAUCAUACAGGACGUACAGGGUGCAAUUGUGAAAUCACCAGAAGAUGCGGGAAACUCCAAUCCAACGCUGGGCUCUGGCUCACAAGAGGGAGAAGUACUUUCACCAAUGAGUGUACCUUCAUCAAUGGAUGAUGAAAGUGAUGCGCAGAUCAUACAGGACAUGCAGGGUGCAAUUGAGAAAUCACCAGCUGAGCAACCAACACCGGCGGUCAUAUUCAGUGCAGUGCCAGGCUCUGGCUCACAAGAGGGAGAAGUACUUUCACCAAUGAGUGUACCUUCAUCAAUGGAUGAUGAAAGUGAUGCGCAGAUCAUACAGGACAUGCAGGGUGCAAUUGAGAAAUCACCAGCUGAGCAACCAACACCGGCGGUCAUAUUCAGUGCAAUGCCAGGCUCUGGCUCACAAGAGGGAGAAGUACUUUCACCAAUGAGUGUACCUUCAUCAAUGGAUGAUGAAAGUGAUGAGCAGAUCAUACAGGACGUACAGCGUGCAGUUGCGAAAUCACCAGGUAAGGUUGAAAGUGCUACACAUUUAUCACAAGUGGUUCGUUCUAAUGGCAGCUAG